CCCAUGGCCCAUGGCGGCAACGGCCCAUGGCAGCUGCCUUACCUAAGGCAACUUCAACCCUUUGAGAUCGUGGCUUCCUUGCUCGAUUCCAACGACCACAAGAAAGCGGAACCGCAAGCGCAACCUGGAAAGACCCGCAUCCUCGACGGCAACCACCCCCCCGGUCCCCUUCAUUACUCGCUUACUGCACCCCCCUCCAAAGUCCCCUCCAACACUCUCGCAUCGACAAGUCGCAACACCACUUCACCUCACAAGCCCAAAGCAACGACCAUCCAUCUCAACGUGGUUUACGCUACACUUCACUACCUACCUACACCAGACUACGCUACUGUCUAUGUCACCACGGAUACCAAUCUUGUCAGAUCGCAGAUCCCUCCGUGCCCCGGGAGCCGCCUCGUUUGGUCUCACCUAGCUCGGCGCCGCCUGCUGCCACUCCCGAGACGAAUACGCCGCUUCUGUUGCGACGUUCUGCUCCUUCGUCGCCCUUUCUUUCUGUCUAACCCGAACUCUCCUGGUUUUUCGCCACCCUCUACUGAUAUGAUGGGAUGCGAAUCGACGUCGUGUCCUGGCUGUCGUGGGUAUACUCACUCCCGUGGUUCCAACAACAGCAACACAGGACACACACGGCAUGGCUCCAUCGAAUGAAUGCAAGUCGUAUUACCCCGUCCUUCUGCGCUCCUGCUGCGCUGCGCCCAUGACCAUGUACAUCUGGGAUUUCCCGGGGCCCAGCCGCCUCCAUUCACUCUAGAUCCUCACUCCAGGGAUUCAGAGUCAGGCCAUUCCAGGUCACUUGAUUUCCCGCACGAUUCCCCUCCCCCAGGGAGAAAGAAUGAUGGCGAGUUUUCCUAGGAGAUCCAAGUGUCAACGUCGGCCCAUUCCCGAGUGGACGGCGUGUGCCAUCGGUGGUCGGUUGGACGUCGGCAUCUAAUCUCGUGCGUGCUUGCUGCGCGGGUCCCUUGGAGUAGAGCGGAUAUCCGCGCCUGAGCCGUGGACGACGAAGAAACGGAUGGACGGAAGAAGCCACUGAGGCGUAGACGUAGGCACAGGCGUGUGUAUCAAACAUUCUCCCUUUGUGGAUAAUGCGUUGCUCUUUUCUCACUUCUUUCCGUCUUCAAGAUGCUGACAUGUUUAUCUAUAUAAAGACUCGAGCCGUGCCCGGAGUGAUGUGAAAUCUCCCUCGUGUCAGUUACAGUCAGCUUGCAGAAGCCGAUUACAUUACCAGAAAAACAUAUCAUGGCCAAGUCAUCGCUAUUCACAGCCCCUCAGGGCACCGGCGUCAAGUCGGAAACCUACAUCGUUGUUGGAGGAGGCAUCUUUGGCCUCUCUACGAUCAUCUGGCUACGUAAAUACAAGCCUGACUGCAGCAUCGUUCUCAUUGACCCUACCGCCCUCGCCAAUCCAAAGGCAGCGUCCCACGACAUCUCCAAGAUUGGGAGGAAUGACUACCCAAACCUGCCUUACGCGAAGCUGGCCAUCGAGGCCUUGAGGUAUUGGGAGACUGACUCCUUCUGGAACCCCUUCUUCCACCAAGUCGGCAUGAUCCGUGCUGAACCUCACAAUAACAAGGAUAAGAACCACAACGACAAGGCUCAGGAUGUUCAUCGCAUCCUCGGCCACGAGUCUGGCGCCAGAUGGAUGACUCCUGACGAGGUGCGAGCCGAAUGGCCUGCCUUUGCCACGGCCGACUUUGAGGGACUCGACCGGGUGAGGUAUAACCCUCAGUGCGGCUGGUUCGAGGCGGCCAAUGCUCUCGAAGCUGCCCGCCAGAGAGUGAUCGACGAAGGAGCCAAGCUCAUCACGGCCGAGGUCACGAGCUUGCUCUUCAACAGCGAAGGAGACUGCACCGGAGUCAGACUGGACAACGGACACGAGGUCAAGGGCAUCGUGUUGCUCUGCACUGGUGCUCGUACCUCUUCGCUACUCUUGGAGAGUGCCCCUGAGCGGAAGGAGCUCCACGCUGGAGAUCGAGUCGUUGCUACCGGUGCGGUGAGCUUCACUACCAGCGUUCAGGGGGCGCACAAGGACAAGUUUGAGGGCAUUCCCGUGCUCAAGAACCGUAUUCCCUCGGUCAAAGGCGAGUCCAUGUCCAUGACUCCGGAUGGAACACUCAAGUUCAACUGUGACAUGGCUUUUACAUAUCACCAGUUUCACGCCAUGACCGGCAAGACCAUGUCACUCGCACCGUCGUCUUCAAGUCUCACUGAGUGGACCGAAGAUGGAGUUCCCGAGCGCCUCAAGGAGCAAGCUCGCAAGACCCUCAAAGGUCUUUACGGAGACGAGAUGGACAGCAAAGUGAUUGAAAAGUACCGCGUCUGCUGGGACGCGACCACGCCUGGGCACGACUUUCUUAUUUCCCCUCAUUCCCGCUGUAAGAACCUCUACGUUGCGACGGGCGGCUCGUUCCACGCCUGGAAGUUCUUUCCCGUCAUUGGCGAGUACGUCGUCAAGAUGAUGCAUGGCAAGCUCGAGGCCGAGUACGCCGACAUGUGGGCCUGGGACCGUAAGCCUGGGGGACAGGUCGCCAACGCCACGUAUGAUAUCGAGGGAGACUUGGGGGAGUGGAUGAAGGGCGAGAAGCUUGAAUGCUGAUUUCAUCUUGGCUUUCACCUCAUGACUUCGAUUGUCUAGGGAUUGAGACAGAAGAAGAAGAUGAUGACGACGACGACGACGAUGAUGAUGAUGAUGAUGAUGGAUACAUACAUGCAUUGCUGGCGUUAUUAGACGAGGUGCAUCCUGUGCCGCGGGGUGGCGGGUUGGGAUGGGAAUUGCAUUGAUAACUUAUUCUUGCAUCCGGCACAGGGCAUUGGGGGGAU